AUGGAAUACUCGAGGCAAUCUCACGGCGGCCGCAAAGGCGCAUCCAUGGGCAACAUCAUCGGUGAUCCAUUCGCCCUAGCCACUACUUCAAUUGGAGCACUUGCUUGGAUUAUCGCCUUCAUCAGCUGUGUUAUUGGUCAGAUCCAGUCCACCAAGCAGGAUGGCUUCCCAACUUUCUCAUGGUGGAGUGUUGUGUUCAUGCUCUUCCUGAUUAUCGGCGUCAUGGUCGUCGUUGCCGCCGAUGCUGCUCAAACAUAUCACAUUGCCCUCGUAGGCUACUUGGCCUGCGGCUUGGUUUUGACCUCGUCCUCGGUCAACGCGUUGGUCUACUCAUCAAGUGCCGCUCGCGAAGCUGCUGCAGCUGGCUUCAUUUUGCUAUCCAUGGUCAACAUUGUGUGGAUCUUCUACUUUGGCUCUGCGCCGUCAGCAACUCCACGCGCGUACCUGGAUUCCUUCGCCUUGACCAAGGAGGCGCCGAUGAACCGACAAACAAUGAACACAAACAACUAUAAUGGUUACAAUGGCCACAGCGGCCGCCCGGAGACUUCCGUGUCCAACGCACCGCCGCAGAUGUAUACCUCUGCACAGCUGAGCGGUCUGGAGAACCCAUCCCCCGUGGCCGGCUUCUCCGCCAAUGCCGCACCCCGUUCCCCGGCGGCGGACCAACUCGGCCAAGGCAACCUACAGGGUGGUGGAGAUAACAAGAACGGCAACGUUGAAGCACCGUUCGACUACCCGUACCGCGCCAAGGCGAUCUACAGUUAUGAGGCCAACCCAGAUGAUACCAACGAAAUUUCCUUCUCAAAACACGAAAUCAUCGAGGUCAGCGACGUCAGUGGCAGGUGGUGGCAAGCACGGAAAGACACGGGCCAGAUUGGUAUUGCCCCAAGUAAUUACCUCAUUCUGUUGUGA